AUGUCGGCUACUACUACCGUCACCGAGACCGUUCAGGCCAACCCCAACUUGCACGGCUUUGGCCGCAUGCGCCUGGAUGGUACCGACCACCAGUUUGGCGAUUUCCGCGACGAGCUGGCGCGCAACGGCUUCGCAGUCGUCAAGGGCGCUAUCCCUCGCGAGAAGGCUCUGAAGUACGCUGAUGAGAUGUACACCUGGCUCGAGAACUUCAAGCUUGGAUUCGAUCGCAACGACCUUUCCACCGUGCACAAGGAUAAGCUGCCCGUGAUCAACGAGAAGGGCAUGUGCUUGCACUACGGCCUUCCCCACGAGAACUUUGUCUGGGGUGUUCGCAGUGAGCCCGGCGUUGUCGGCGCCUUUGAGAAGAUCUACGAUGACGAGGAUCUGAUCGUCUCCUUCGACGCUAUCAACUUCCAGUUCCCCAACCGUACCGAUAUCGCCCCCAACAAGCCCUGGCCGCACCAGGACCAGAACCCCGAGAAGCACGGCUUCCGCUGCAUGCAGGGUCUCGUCAACCUGCUCCCCAACGGCCCCGAGGACGGCGGCCUCAUCGUCUGCAAGGGCGGACACCUCGUCUCCGAAGAAUUCCACCGCGACAUGGCCGACGAAGAGCGCAUUCCCGCCUGGACCCCGGAGUGGUACGGCUUCACUGACCGUGGCAUGAAGUGGCUGGAAGACCGCGGCUGCAAGUGGGAGAAGGUCUGCGCCGAGCCUGGCGAUCUCCUGCUCUGGGACUCUCGCACUCCCCACUACAACCUCAGCCCGAAGAACAGCCAGCCCCGCUUCGCCAUCUACACAUGCUUCAUGCCCGUCGCUGAUGCGACGCAAGACGACCUGAUCCGGAAGAAGGAUGCGUUCGACCGCCGUGUGGGUACCACUCACUGGCCCAACGCGAUGCACACUGGCUCCAAUGUUGCCCAGCGGGAUGGCAAGGAGGACCCUCACAACCGUGACAGGCCGCUUAACGACCCUGAGUUCAGCGAGCGGGCUUUCAAGUUGACUGGUAUUCCUUAUAUCAAGGCCCAGGCUUGA